AUGUCCAAUCUAGCGCCUCAUGCCGUCCGGCAAGCGUCUCGGGCGUGCUCGAGGCGAUUGUCGUCGUCGCCACGCUUGUGGACGCCUCUCUCCAGCGCAAACACACAUCUGCGGCCGUCGCCUCGCCGGAGCUAUGUAUCAGAAAGCCAGGGUAGGAAAGCUCAGGCCCAGACCACCGUCGACUCGACAGUCAAGGCGGAGCAGCGAAUGUUCACAGAGCAAACCGGUCUUAGGCCUGACAGCGUUCAGGUGCCCGGUGCGACGGUGACUGGGGACACGCUCUUGAGCCCCAGCGCUGGCAUCCUGAAGCAUGCAACGGUAAUGGAUCAGGGUACGCGUCCAAUCUACCUCGACAUGCAAGCUACGACCCCUACCGACCCUCGCGUUCUCGAUGCGAUGCUUCCGUUUCUCACAGGCCUCUACGGCAAUCCCCACUCCAGAACCCAUGCAUAUGGGUGGGAGACGGAGAAGGCCGCCGAGCAAGCAAGAGACCAUAUUGCCAAGCUCAUUGGUGCCGAUUCAAAGGAAAUCAUCUUCACCAGCGGAGCAACGGAGAGUAACAACAUGAGCAUCAAGGGCGUGGCGAGAUUCUUCGGGCGGUCGGGCAAGAAGAAGCAUAUCAUCACCACGCAAACAGAGCACAAAUGCGUUCUCGACAGCUGUCGGCACUUGCAGGAUGAAGGGUUUGAAGUGACGUAUCUACCUGUUCAGAGCAAUGGAUUGAUCAAAAUGGAAGACCUUGAAGCUGCGCUUCGGCCGGACACGGCGUUGGUCAGCAUCAUGACGGUGAAUAACGAGAUUGGUGUGAUCCAGCCCAUGAAGGAGAUUGGGGCCCUCUGCCGGUCCAAGAAGGUGUUUUUCCAUACCGAUGCGGCGCAGGCGGUGGGCAAGAUUCCCGUGGACGUGAAUGCGUGGAAUGUGGACCUGAUGUCGAUUUCGGGGCACAAGAUCUAUGGACCCAAGGGCAUUGGAGCAUGCUACGUUCGACGCCGGCCGCGAGUGCGCAUCGACCCGCUCAUCAGCGGCGGUGGACAGGAGCGUGGUCUGCGCAGCGGCACGCUGGCUCCGCAUCUCGUGGUUGGGUUUGGGGAGGCUUGUCGGAUUGCCAAAGAAGACAUGGAGUACGACACCAAGCAUGUCGAGCGGCUGUCGAAGAAACUCACGGACGGGCUCCUGGCGAUGGAACACACGACGCUGAACGGCGACGCGACGCGGCACUACCCCGGGUGCGUGAACGUGUCGUUCGCGUACGUGGAGGGCGAGUCGCUGCUGAUGGCGCUGAAGGACAUUGCGCUGUCGUCGGGCAGCGCGUGCACGUCGGCGUCGCUGGAGCCAAGCUACGUGCUGCGGGCGCUGGGGAACAGCGACGAGAGCGCGCACAGCAGCAUCCGGUUCGGCAUCGGGCGGUUCACGGCAGAGAGCGAAAUCGACUACGUGCUGGCGGCGGUGCGGGAGCGGGUGCAGUUCCUCCGCGACCUGAGCCCGCUGUGGGAGCUGGUGCAGGAGGGCGUGGACCUCAACACGAUUGAAUGGAGCCAGCACUAG